GUACUCGACGAAUCAGAGAGAAUAUCAUGAGGAUACGUUGACGUGGCUGGUCUCGGUGGCGUGUCUCUUUUGUUCGCAGGGUCGACCCGGCGACAAAGGACAGAAAGGCGAGCUGGGCAGCCCCGGAUUCGACGUCUUGUCCGCAGUGAAGGAUCUUCAGGAGAAAGGGGUUAAUAUCUCAGCGCAGAACAUCAUACCACUGAAAGGAGAGCCGGGUGAACCCGGGCCGCCGGGACCACCUGGUCCACCAGGAGCCGAGGGUCUUCCCGGACACGAAGGCAGACAAGGGAUUCCGGGCGAGGUCGGCGCGCCAGGAGAAAAGGGCCCGCCCGGGCCGAUCGGGCCUGUCGGUCCGCCGGGCACGUCGGGACUUGCGGGUCCUAAGGGUGACAGAGGUGAUAAAGGCGAUCGAGGCUUCACGACGACCUUGAAGGGUGAACAGUUCCCAAGUGGAGUAUUCGAAGGCCCACCUGGUCCACCAGGACCGCCUGGGCCCCAGGGCGAGAAGGGAGAGUUGGGCCCGACGGGACCGCCCGGUCUGCCUGGCGAGAAGGGUGCGAGGGGAAAGCCAGGGAAAAGGGGUUUCAAGGGUGAGAGCGGUGUGACAUUGGCGAGAGGUGUUCUCGGCAUUCCGGGUCCGAAGGGUGAGCCCGGCGAACGGGGUUACCAAGGCGAAAAGGGCGGCAAGGGAGACGCGGGUUCACAAGGGCCCAAGGGAGAGUCGGGGUUGCAGGGCUUGCCGGGGCUCAACGGAACCGACGGCGAUCCCGGUAUUCAAGGACCCCCAGGAUUACCGGGAAUAUCCGGACCCAAAGGUGAGAAAGGUGACUACGGUGACAUCGCCCCAGGUCUUAUGGGACCUCCGGGUCUACCCGGCCCACCGGGCUAUCCUGGAAUGAAAGGCGAAAAGGGAGAGAAAGGCGAAUCGAAGUACAAAAAGCUUAGACGAAGACAGGGAGAUGGCACGUUUGAGAUGAAUGCCGGGGAAGUGAUAAUGGGUCCGCCCGGACCUCCAGGACCCGCUGGUACUCCCGGAUUACAGGGUCCACCUGGCAUCAAGGGUGACAGAGGACACGACGGCGCCAAGGGCGAUUCUGGAGAGAAGGGUGCCAAGGAGAUCCUGGUCCGAUGGGACUGUGCCC